ACCAAAACCACAUUCCUUUCAUAAAAAACCAUAAACACCAGGGCAUCAGAAUAAAAACCCAGAAUAUUCUGUUUUCCCAUUCCAACAAAAACACAAAACACACAACGUAGGUUAAAAAAAAACUAAAAAAUAAUGGGAACCUCGUUAGCGUCGUUGCAAAGCUGGGUUCUUUUGCCGUUCUUCCUCAUGUUCCUCGCCAUCUACCUCGUCGGCUACUUCAUCGUUUUCCGCAAACAGUCCACCAAGAUCCGACAAGAAUUCUCCAGCUGCCUGAUCUCGAUCUUCCACGGCACCCCUGCCGCGCUCCUUGGCAGUGCCGCCCUUCUCGCCGACCACCAGCGGGGCUUCGCAGCGCCUAACACCGCCUUCCAGAAGCUGGUCCUCGAUUUCAGCGCCGCCUACUUCCUAACGGAUCUGCUCCACUAUGUGGCCUUCUACCCGAGCGACGUGCUCUUCAUCGCGCACCACGUGGCUACACUCUUCGUUGUCCUCACGUGCCGGCACGCCGUAUCGCACGGGGCUUUCUCCGUCCUCGUGCUCCUCGUACUCGCCGAGGUCACCAGCGCGUGCCAGAACGCGUGGACCCUGGCCGGCGCGCGUCGUCGCGAGGAUCCCUUUGCUGCGAGGUUCUACGACGCGCUCUCGCCGCCGUUUUUUGCGGUUUACUCCGUUGUGAGGGGCUUCAUUGGGCCCUACUUCAUGUACCGGAUGGUGACGUUCUACGCAAGUGGGGGCGGGUAUGGGCUUGUUCCCGCUUGGGCCUGGGUCUCGUGGGUUUUGGUGGUGGUCAUGGCCAUUGGGGUUAGUAUCAUGUGGAUUUGUAAUCUUUGGAUUCAGUUUUUUAGAGAAAGAAGGGGCAAAUUGUUAGAGCAGAAAAUUAGAUAGGUAUUCUUAUUUUGUUUGCAUCUACAAAUAUCAACAUUAGGAUUGCUCUCUCUUUUA